CUAUAAUAAACAAAACAUCUAUAAUUAAAAAUUGUAUUUAUUUAUCAUUAUUCUUAAAAAACUAUUACAAUUACAUCAAUAAUAGAGAGCUUAACUAUAAAAUAUUAUUUAAAUAAAUCUUUAUAUUUAUUUGUAAUAUAAAAUAAUUAAAUACUGAUGGAGAAUUUUGAAAAAGAUAAGAUAAAUAAAGCGUUUCAAAUAUUAUCUCAAGAGGCUAAAGAUUUAUAUUUAUCCGAAGAAGUUGCAACAAUAAAUGCAGAACAUAUAGCAAUAAAUCCAUUAAAAUUUUAUCGUGAUUAUGUUUCGCGUAAUGUGCCAGUUUUAGUUAAAAAUGGAGUAUCUAAAUGGCCGGCAAUUAAUAAAUGGAAUGCUAAUUAUUUCCGUAAAUUAUUAUCAGAUAAAUUAGUAACAGUUGCUGUUACUCCAAAUGGUUAUGCAGAUGCAGUAUUGUCUGACAACAAUAAAAAAUAUUUUAUGCUACCAGAAGAACGUGAAAUGAAGAUGUCUUUAUUUUUAGAUAAUCUAGAUAAUCCUAUUGAUGACGAAAUUUUUUAUAUACAACAACAAAAUUCAAAUUUUGAAAGUUAUUUUUAUGAAUUAUGGCACGAUAUUGAUAAUCUUGUAUGGGCUAAUGAUGUAUUUGGAAAAAGUCCCGAUGCUAUUAAUUUUUGGAUGGGAGAUAAACGUGCAGUAACAUCAAUGCAUAAGGAUCCAUAUGAAAACAUAUACUGUGUAGUAAACGGAGAAAAAAAUUUUAUUUUACAUCCACCUACAGAUUUACCAUGGAUUCCUUAUGACAAAUAUCCAUCAGCAAUAUAUAAAAAACAAUCAAAUAAUAAAUGGGAUAUUAUUGUUAAUGAAAAAAUAAAUUUAUCAACAUGUUUAGAUAAUAUUGAUAAUGAAAAUUUAAUACCGUGGAUUUCAAUUGAUCCAUUAAAUCCAAACUAUGAAAAAUACCCAGAAUAUAAAAAUGCAACAACGAUAAAAGUUAAAGUUGAAGCUGGUGAUUUACUUUAUCUUCCAUCAUUGUGGUUUCAUCAUGUACAACAAUCACACGAAUGUAUAGCAGUUAAUUUUUGGUAUGAUAUGGAGUACGAUAUUAAAUAUGCGUAUUUUAAAUCUAUUGAAUUUUUAUGUCAGCAGCAAUAAAAAAAAAAAAUUUAUUACUCAUACCAUAUAAUUGUAACUUUAUUAUGCAUACCAUUAAAAGUUAAUUAAUUAAUCAUAAUUAUUUUAAAAAUUAAAAACACAACUACACAUAGAUUUUAAUAUUUAUUCUCUCGCUUACAAUUACCUCAAAACACACACUUAUUAAAAUACUAACAGUUAAAAAAAAACCGUCC